AUGUACAACUGCUUCAAAAAGUCAAAUAUACGCUGCAUAAAACUGCCAAAGGACAGACGGAAGGAGAAGGGAAACUUUCAUUUGGUACACACUGCAGCAUUUCUCUCUCUCUCUCUCUCUCUCUCUCUCACUCUCUCUCUCUCUUCUCUCACACACACCACACACACACACUCUCUCUCUUCUUUCUCUUCUCUCUCUCUCUCUCUCUCUCUCUCUCUCUCUCUCUCUCUCUCUCUCUCUCUCUCUCUCUCUCUCUCUCUCUCUCUCUCUCUCUCUCUCUCUCUCUCUCUCUUUUUUUUUUCUUGCGCGCACGACGGCACGGCCCUGUCUUCCUCGUCGUUCUCAGUGGCUGGCCAGUUGCUUCGUGCGGUGAGACUAGGAGCGGGAAAGGAACGCACUGUAGGGACGAUUAGGAAGGCCCUCAUGGCGUCGCUCGCGGCCUAUUUGGCCGCUAAUUAUGGCCCAAAUGCGUCGGGUAAAGAGCCGGAUGAGGGACGGCAGCGACGGAAGAAAAAAGUCAAGCGAGCGAAAGUCGUUCAAGGUCUCCGAAUCCGAGAUGCUGAUGUGGAUGCUCUGCCCUCUUCUGAGCGUCAAGUGAUUGAAGAUGAUCCAGUCCUUGUGGACGAGCAGGGACGUGAGAUUUCGUUGACAAUCAACGAGCAGCAAAUCUUGCAGAGCGAACACCUCGGGCCAUCUGCUGCUUCGACGGCCGACGCCUCGCCACCACGCCGUCAGCGUCACGACAGCCCCGAUGCCUCGCCACCGCGCCGUCAGCGUCACGACAGCCCCGAUGCCUCGCCACCGCGCCGUCAGCGUCACGACAGCCCCGAUGCCUCGCCACCGCGCCGUCAGCGUCACGACAGCCCCGACGCCUCGCCACCACGUCGUCAGCGUCACGACAGCCCCGACGCCUCGCCACCACGUCGUCAGCGCACCGGUGGCACGGACGCUUCACCACCACGACGCUCGCGAACAGCUAGCAAGCGGUCCGCUUCUCUCACAGAUCAGAGCCACGAAGAUGCGUCCCCACCCCGACGACGGGCCGCCAAUACCUCCGACAUUGAGGCCCAGCUCCAAAACCUAGCCGGUCUUCAAAAUGCUGCUGCUUUACGUCAGGACCUAGAACUUCGUGCGGCAGCAGAGCAGCGCAUGCUAGAUGCACUCGGGGAUAGUGCUGGGCACGGUCAAGAGACCGUGCAUCGUGAUAAGAGUGGUCGUCGACUUGAUCCGAAGUUGGAGCGUCUGCGGAAGCGGGAGAUGGAACAAAAACGAGAGGAGCUUGAGCAAGAACAAAUGGAAUGGGGCCGCGGUCUGAAACAAACUCGAGAUGCUCAGGAUCGCCGCGCAGAAAUCGAGCACGAGAUGAGCAAGCCACUGGCUCGAUCUCGCAAUGACGAAGAUCUUAAUAAAAUGCAAAGAGAUGAAAUUAGGGCCGAGGAUCCAAUGGCGGCCUACAUUAUGAAGCAGCGUGAGCAAGCUUCGGGCAAGCCGUCACGUCCUCGCUAUCGUGGCCCACCCGCGCCUCCAAAUCGGUUUGGUAUUGAGCCAGGCCAUCGAUGGGAUGGACGAGACAGGUCGAAUGGCUUCGAACAGCGCUGGUUUCAGACUAGAGCACGGGGCGCAGCAGUAGGCAAGGAUGCCUACAAAUGGUCCGUUGAGGACAUGUAG